AUGUCUGGAGGUGUGCAGUCACAUUCGGAUGAGGGCAGCCUUAGUAGCAUUCGCAUCCGUCAGGGAAGUUACGGACCGAUAGCUCCGUGGCCAUUUGUUAGACGCGACAGUUCCUUCAGCGCCUCUGGUUAUGCAGAGGAAACGUGGGCAGACACCACUGUCAUGCAUAAGAAGCUGCUUACUAUUGACAGAGCCCUUGAGAAAUGUGUUUUGAAGUUUAACCUACGCACACGUGUCUUCGCAGCUCUGACUUAUGAGAAGUGUCCCAUCUUCGCAACUCAGCGGAAUAUAUGUAUAUCGAGAGCUAAGCAGAGAUGUGCCGGUCACAUUUUGAAGAGACGAGAGAUGGACUAA